AUGUUUCUAAAACACAUCGACCUCACGACCGCUCUCCGGCCCUCUUAUCUACCGGAUGAAGUCUUGUUGUUCGUCCAAGACAACGUUGGACUCUAUGAGGGAAAGUUCAAGCUUCCUCACCAGCAAAAUGGACAAGUCUACCUGACAUCCCACCGAGUCUGUUACGUCGACAAAGAAGAGCCGCGCAAACACUCCGUCGCCCUCGAUUUGAAAGAUGUGGAUCGAUACGAGUUCUACGCGGGGUUCUUGAAGUCAUCUGCAAAGAUUACUCUGAUACCGAAGCCCCUGAAGCGAUCUUCUCUCCAGACAAGAGCUUCUGCCAUUUCGUCUCCGAGGCCAGGCGCUGGGUCACCUGCCCGCGCCGACAGCCCAUAUAGACCCCCGCCAGAUCCUACAGCCACGGCGGCGACCUGGGUAUGCACGAUUUGCAGUUUCUCGAACCCGGUUCCGUCCAACUUCGAUCCUACAACAGCGAAUAUCCAUACCCCUUUGCCACCUUGCCUGGCAUGUGGCAUCAAGCCGACUCUGGCGCAUGUCUUGAAAGCAUCCAUAUCUAAUGCGACCAGUCGAACACCCGCGCCUCCGAGUCCAACCGUCAGCUCACCUCUGGCCGUGCGAUCGCGGUCGACAUCGAACAGACCAGAUGACUCAGGGUCCUUACCACCGUGGCCCGCUGCGUCUAACAUCACGGGCGCGCCACAGAACCCCUCCGACCCGAGCGCGACCUUUCAGUGCCCUCGAUGCACUUUCCUCAACCACCCGUCCCUGUUGGCGUGCGAGAUGUGCGGCGCACCUCUGAUAUCGCAGGAUAUACCGCAAGUAGUGGCACAGGAGACGCAGCGGACAGAGUCUCCAGGCCCCGUUCUCAACCCGUCGGCCGCGGGUCAGGACACUGCGGAAAGUGUCAAGAUCUCGUUCAGAGGAGGCGGCGAGAAGAUCUUCUACGAAAGACUCAAAGGCUCGAUGACCCAGCGAAAAUGGCUCCUCCAAGGCGCCCCGCCCAUACCCCAAAGUAGCCGGACAAUAGACGACAACGGUGUUAUAGUGAGGGCUCCUGUAGCUACUCCCGCGCGUCCAAAGGGUGUUGGUAUUGCUGGGCUGGAGCAGCGUGGUCUUGAUAUGCGCAAGAACAACGAAGUGAUGAUCGGCAGUGCGUUCGAGGACCUCGACGCGCUCAUGGCAUCCGCCAAAGAAAUUGUGGCACUGGCGGAGCGGUUUGCGAGGCAGGCGAACGGCGGGAGUGGCGCUGCGGCUUCGGAAGCCAACGCCCUUUUGGCGGAGUCUGCCAGUCAGCUUGGUUUGGUCACGACGAAAGACAUCGUGGGCGGCAGCAGCUCCGAAACCUUGUAUUUGUCCGAACUGGCGCGAAACCUGGCAGAGUUUUUGACGGACGACGCUCGCGGCGUGUUGAAGAAGGCCGGAGGAAUCAUCAACUUGGUCGAUUUAUGGGCCAUGUUCAACCGCGCCCGGGGCGGUGUCGAGCUCGUGAGCCCAAUGGAUUUUGAAAAGGCGGCGCAGAUGUGGGAGUCGCUGAAGUUGCCCGUUCGGCUCCGUAAGUUCAAGAGCGGAGUUCUGGUCGUCCAGAGUAGCGAUCGCACGGACGAGACCACGAUCAAGGCGCUGGUCUCUUGGCUGGACGACUUACACGAGUUCCCACCAGAAAAGGAGCUGGCUUGGGACUGGCGGCAGUUUGGGCGCGGCGUCACAGCUCGCGAUGCUGCUGAGCGGUUUGGCUGGAGCAUCGGUGUUGCCGAGGAAGAACUGGAAAUGGCCGAAGAACGCGGGGUUCUCUGUCGCGAAGACGGCAUCGAGGGCCUCAAGUUCUGGAAGAACUACAUCGACACUGGUGACACGAAACGUAGGCGUAAGAAGCACCGGUGGGAGGAGGACGAAGUGAUGAGGGCACUCAAGGAGAGCGGCCUGAUGUGA